GGCUUGGCUAUUCCGUACAGUAGAUUCCGUUGUUUUGAUGAGAAUAGAUGUGUUGUUGAGGUAAUCGUCGAUUCGCAGCAACCGUAACCCGUUCUGACAUAUUAUUACGUAUUUAUCAGGUAGCUCUUCGCUGCUUUUUUGAUCGAGUCGCUCGGAAAAAAGCGACUUGAUCCUGCUGAUACCGAUCGCUUUGUAAAAUCAGGUCGAAAGGGAUGCCGCUGCAGACAGACUCCGACGGACGCCAGCAGUCUUUGGAUUUAAUCUCAUCGCAUUUAAUCGGCAAGAGCAGCUUUUCUAUAAAUUUAAAAAGCCUCAGAAUAACUCAUUCUCGACCGAGUGCUUGUGAACGAUGCUUAAGCUUGAGUGCGAAUUAAACGCGCAGCUGUGAAGCGACGACAGGAGCGUUAGUAGUCAACAGAGCUAACCGCUAACUCGGCUAACGUUAGCUGGUCAACAACAAAGCGCGGCUCGUUAAUCUCCGGUAACCAGUUCGUUAAAGAGGCCGAGUGUCUAACGGUACGGACGACUGCCCGACUUUUGAACCGGCUGUUUUCUGCCUGUGCUGACAAUAUUGCUCGACAGCAAUGAAACUGUUGGAAAACUCCAGCUUUGAAGCCCUCAGCUCUCGGCUGUGUGUUGAAACCGGAGAGUCUCGCAUCCUUGGCAGGAUUGAGAGCUACUCCUGUAAGAUGGCAGGAGAUGAUAAACACAUGUUCAAGCAGUUCUGCCAGGAGGGGGAGCCCCAUGUCCUGGAGGCCCUCUCCCCCCCUCAGUCCACCAGCGCCACCAGCCCUUCACAGCUGGGGAAGAGCAGUGAGGACGGAGAAAACCCUCUGAGUGACAAGUGUUGCAGGAAGACUCUUUUCUACCUCAUCACCACGCUCAACGAGUCCUUCAGGCCCGACUACGACUUCAGCGCGGCGCGCGCUCACGAGUUCAGCCGAGAGCCCAGUCUCAACUGGGUGGCUAAUGCGGUAAACAGCAGCCUGUUCUCGGCUGUCGGAGAAGAGUUCAACUCUCUGGGCCCCGAGCUGUGGAACGCCAUCGACCAGGAGAUCAACCUGCAGAGCUGUGACAUUUACAGCUACAACCCUGAUCUGGACUCAGACCCUUUCGGUGAAGAGGGGAGUCUCUGGUCCUUCAACUAUUUCUUCUACAACAAGAAACUGAAGAGGAUUGUAUUCUUCACAUGUCGCUCUGUCAGCGUCUUGAGUGGAUAUGGCCGUGGUUGUCUUGACAAUGAGUUGGACAUGGAGCUGGAUGAUGAAGAGGAGAUGGAUGGCUUCACUGAGGACAGGUUUCCCAGAGCCCUGUGUGUGUAGAUGACGUCGGACACACCUCGGCCAAAGAGCAUCCAGGCUUUUCCUGCUCCCAUUCUUCGCUCCAUCUACCUUUUUUUCUUUUUUUAAUCUUAAUUUUGUGAGAUUUUGCUGCCUCAUCCAAAGCCAUUUUCACACUUUUAGACUAAUGCAUGUUUGACGCCUUUUCUCUGCCGGCGGUGAACGGUGUGCCGUGAGGUGGCGGACGUUUUGUAAAGACCCCCGCGGUAACGUCAAGCUCCUUCAUUCAUUUCUCCGGUAUGAUUUCUGACCCUGAGCUUGACGCCCUGACAGCAACAGCUUCUCCGCACCCGCCAUGUUUUAAAGAGACCGCUUCAUGGACGCUUUAGAAGAAGAAGAAGGUCUCGUUACGGAGGAGAAACAAAGACUGCAAAUGAUGUCAUGGAGAGGAGUCCAGGUAACACCAGCAUCGAUGAAAACCGACACAAGUUUCUAAAACUCUCCCCUGGAGCCGGUUGAGACGGACUGAUCAGCUGAGAGCUCAUCUGUUCCUCAUCGUUUGCUACUUUUGUGUUACUCUUAAUGUGUGACAGUGACGUUACUGUGAGAACUUUUUUUUUUUGAACUCUUAAAAAAAACAACUUUGCAUUUAUUACUGAAACUUGUUAUUGAAUCUGUUGAAUGCGAGCGCUCGUCUGUACUUGUCGGACAGGAGGGCGCGGCCGAGGAGAGCAGUGCUCCUGGCAUCUGGGUUGCAGCUUAGAAAACAUAUCAGCUUUUGUCAGACGUUCACUAUUAUACAGUUUCAUUGUAUGUGUCGUCUAAAUCCAGUAUUUUUUUUUCUCGUCCCCAGUUCAAAUCUCCCCUCAUUCCUGAACGUGUGUCUUGACAGUGUUUUUCUUUGCUCAUUACCUCGAUGCAAAGGCUUCAUUGAAAAGUGAAUGUAUAGUACAGUUUAGAGUAAAAAAAAGAAAAACAUUCAAAAAAAUUCUUUUUAGAAAUGAAGCUCCUUUUUACGUUCCUUUCAAAGUAGAUCGGAGUCCUGUGUCUUUUAUCGACUGCUCUGUGCUUCGUUUGAUCGGCCAAUAUAUCGCAGAUGUGAAUAAACUCGUGUUUGGUUCA